AUGAAGCUGAUCCAGUGGCUGUGUGAGCAGCAUCCAUUACUGAUGUAUCAAUGUUUUUAGUUCCCUUUGCUUUGUUAUUCUAAGUCUUGGCUAAACAGGGAUGUCUCUCUUUGACAUACAGGUCUGUAUGAUAAAUUGAAGAACAAGGCUAUACUUUUCUUUGUUGACUUUGCAACAAAGGUCAGACCAAUUAUAAUUUCCUUUAAGGAUACACACUUUUUUAUCCAAAGUGUUUUCCACACUUGUAAAUUCCAAAGGCAGGUUCCAAUAAAGACUGUCAAUCAAACAGUUUAUUUUUGUUCAGUGGUAGGUCAACUAAAUAGAACUAAAGGAACUAAAUACAGUACCUGUGAACACUGGUCUUGUCAGGUACCUUUUCUUGGCAUCAGGAGGCUGUGUCCUAGUUGUUGUCACCAUGGGUGUAUACAGCUUGCUUCUGCUCGUCUCCACUGUGAUCUUUAUCCUGCUAGUGUGUUCACUAAGGCCCGGGAACGUCCAUCCCAUGGGUCUUUGGACUGCAGAUGGGUUGGAAAACCUUCUGGCACCUGCUCAUACAGUACAGAGAAUACUACAUCAAUGAGCCCACUGAUAACAGUUACAGCACUGUUCUUAAUUCAGUCAAGACUUUCAAAUGGAUGUUAGUUUCCCACACGGAGCAUACAUGUGACUUAAAAAUAUGUGUUGUGUCUUAGUUGUCUGUGCAGUAGUUAUCAUGAGCAAACCUUAAUCUGGACUUGGGUGGCAAUGCGUUCACAAAGGAAACAUAACAUCAGCUCCGCAAUAAGUAUAUUUGAAAUUAAGUCAUGGAUUUUCCCAACCCACCAAUUACAUGUGGAAAAUGUAUCUCAAACUCAAACUGUUUUACUUAGAUUUUCUGUCAGGCUUCACCUAUCAGUGUCCUCCUUGAUGCUGCUCACCCAGAGAGUAACCUCCAUGUCAAUGGACCUACAGGACCUACAGGCAGAGUGACAUUAAUAACCCAAUCACAAUGCCGGGGCCGGGUCUUUCUCCCACUCAUCAGCUAUGCCCUCAACUUCACUGUCUUGCUCGGCGGACCCCUGUCCUCAUUUGACCAAUUUGUAUGUUUUGUAGAGCAGAUAACCAUCAGCCCUCCUCCCCAGCCUCUGGGCGUUAUCUCCUACAAUACCUUUCAGGUGUUAUAUCUGGAGUAGGCUAGGAGCUAUCUCACUCGUCUCCUGAGAGACAAUGCCUCCAGUUUGUCCGUCUCCAACUCCAACAAUGUCCUCACUGAUGUCCUCUGGAUAUGGGGCCUUGCUGUGGUGUUGAGGAUCAGAUACUACUCCCACUGGAGGAUCAGUCUGAAUAAUGCUGCUGGGCUUGGGUUCAGGGCCAAACUGGAGCAGCCAGUCUGA